CUGAAACAUCAUUUUGUUAUGCAUCUGAUCUUGGCCAUUGCUGCUCAUCACUUGGCGUACCUCCAAGUCAACAAACCCAGCGCAAAGCACUACACCCUACUUGCCUUGAAACACGCCUCCAAGGGUCUCAAGGGCUUCACUGCUGCUACUGCCAGUCCCAGGGAUAACAAUUGCGGUGCUCUGUAUGUUUCGGCCAUUCUCGUAUGCUACUGUACCUUUGCCGGCGGUCCCACUGGGCCGGGGGAUCUGCUCAUAUGCAAUAUUGAUGGCGGGGACGCUGGGACACCGCGCUUGCUUAUCCAAGGCGUGGGGAUUAUCCGGGAGAUGAUUGAUCCCACCACGUUGUUCUCCGGGCAUUUGGAGCCUCUGGGACUAGCCACCACCAAUGUGUCGAAAAAUCAAAUAUCAGAGCCCACGUAUAAACGCGACGGAUUUCCCCGUAUAGACUGGGAAGACCCGUUGCAAAAGCUACCGGAGGCGAUAACCGCUAGUGGAGGUAGUGGCAUGCCUGCCUAUCUCGACGGCCUAGAGGAGCUUGCAGCCAUCUAUCAUGCCACCUAUGGAGAUAGCCAUGGGGUCUACACUGGUGCAGACAAAAAUUCUCAUAUAUUUGGCUGGUUGUACAGGCUGCAAGCACCGUUUCGGGACUGCCUGCUGCGUAAGGAGCCCGUCGCUCUGUUGCUCCUGGCGUACUAUGCUGUCUUGUUCAAGACUACAGAGAGAUGCUGGUAUAUGGACGGCUGGAUGGAGCAUCUCAUUCUUACUAUCAACACCCUAAUUAGAGGUGACCUUGCGUUCUGCAUGCAAUGGCCCAUCGCGCAAAUUUCGCCUAAAGACUCGACAAGUCGUGCAUGAAUCAACACUGGCGCUUUGAUACGGUUAAAACAAUUCGAGUAUAUGUCACAAGCUACGUUGUAAAGCUUGACAAGAAAAAUUGGUGCCCAAGAGAGAGUCAGUCCAAGUCUGAACGGUGUUGCCUUCUGGAAUGGACCAACAAUGUUUCUUGGUUGGCCUGCCAACGUAUUAUCAGUACGGACUGCGCCCAUACUUGUUGGUAUUAGGAGACGCUUUAUUUGACUUGAUCACGCGUAAUUGAGAUAUAAACUGCUAAUUAUCUCAAUGUUGAAAUAAG